GUAAACUUUAACUUUCAAAUUCUUACAGUCGUCACUACUAUAUUGGUCUGUUCAUCUUCGAGCACAACAGCCUCUGAUCUUUUUUUAUUAUUAUAACCAAGAAUCUGAGCAAGAUGGUCAUGCCAAGUUCUACCGCAAACUGGCACUGGAAAAAUAAAAACGUCACUUCAUGGGCAAAGGAAUGGUUCGAGCGAGAGCUGACAGCUAUCGUGAUCGAAGGAACCGAAGGAAACGUCACGAUUUCUUCUGUGAGGAUCGAAGAUGGUGAUGUCGAGCUGGGUCAGCGCAAGUCAAAGUUGAUCACGAUAUACGACAUUCAAAUGAAGGUAGAUUGGCGAGGGGCCACGAGUGAUGGGACAGAUGUCGCUGGAAAACUCAGUAUCCCAGAAGUCUCGCAUGAAAUCACGCUGGAUAAGCUGUCGGACUAUGUUUACAACUGGACGCUCGACACUGCUUCUAGUCCUGCAGUCAAUGCGCUCUUCGCUUUCGUCAAGACACGUCUUCCAUCUGCUCUCGAGGCCAAGUUUGCCGAGUUCCCUGUAGCGCUCGUCGAUACCCAUGGAAAGGACCUUACUGUCAGCGGGGCACCUAGCCUUUCGGGUACACCACCUCCUUCUACCGAGGCAAAUGCUACGACGGCCGCAUCAGCCUCUACGACUGUUCCAAAACCCGCCCCCGUCAAACAAUCUCAAACUAACAUUAACACAUCCAGUGUGGUCAAGGAAGCGACGUUUAUGGCAGCUUCAGACGAUCUCUUCGGACUCUUUACGGACGAAAGGAGAAUUCCUUCGUGGACUCGUGCACCGGCUCAGUCUGCAGCGCAAGCAGACACUGAGUACUCGUUGUUUGGUGGUGGUGUCAAGGGAAAGUACGUGUCACUGACGCCAGGCAAGGAGAUUGUCCAGACUUGGGCUUUACAAAGUCCUACAUGGCCAUCAGAGCACUUUGCAACACUGACAACGACUUUCGAGCAAUCGUCUGAUUCGACGAAAGUGACGUUCACUCUUGAUGGUGUGCCGAAAGGCAUGGAAGACGAAAUCACGAGGAAUUUAGAGGGAUACUACAUACACGGCCUCAAAUCUAUUGGGUUGGGCACAGUUCUCUGAACGAGUCGCUUCGCGCGGUGAAAGGAAAGGAAAUGUCACUGAGUGUACCGUAGGUCAUAGAGGGCGUGUCUAGGUGAUCAAGAAGAAGAAAUGUGUGGUGUAGGAGGAUUUAUAGAGUAGAACGAAGCGUGGAAUGAUGUAUAGAAUUGGCAGAAAUGGAUACAUUUCGAGUCUU